AUUCCCGCCUUGGGUUUCUUUCUUCUCCGCACUCCACAGUCUAUAAACCUCUUCAGUCGCCUUUCUCCUCAAUCCCUCCCUGUAGAAAGCUUCGAAGCUAUUGAGUCAUGGAAACCGACGAGGGGCAAGGGAUAAUACCUUUUCAGCUUCAGUUCGACAAACCAAUCGCCUCUCAGAUCAAAAUCGCAGAGUGGAAUCCAGAGAAGGAUUUAUUGGCUAUGGUCACAGGAGAUUCCAAGAUCCUUCUUCAUCGUUUCAACUGGCAGAGAUUAUGGACGAUUUCUCCUGGAAGAUGCGUAACAGCUCUUUGCUGGCGUCCUGAUGGUAAAGCGAUAGCUGUAGGUCUUGAUGAUGGGACCAUUUCGUUGCAUGAUGUUGAAAAUGGAAAGCUGUUGAGAAGUAUGAAGUCCCAUAGCGUGGCUAUUCUAUGUCUUAAUUGGGAGGAGGAUGCACAACCAUUGGAGGAUGACAGUGGUAGCUUCUUAACUUAUGAAGACCGUACCUCCCGUUUCUUCCCUGCUCCUCCAAGAGUUCCUCGGGUGCCUGGAUUGGUGUCUGGGGAUACUGGGUUCAUGGAUGACAAUGAAGACUCAUUUAGAGAACUAUCAAAUUCUUCACAUCAACGUUUUAACAUCUUAUGCAGUGGCGACAAAGAUGGUUCUAUCUGCUUUAGUAUAUUUGGGAUUUUCCCAAUAGGAAAGAUUAAUAUACAUGAGUUCUCCAUACUUUCUCCGCUUUUGGACAAAAAAGCUUCUUGUCAAUUUCUCAAUGCUUCUAUAUACAAGGUUGCUUUGUCCAAAGAUCUUUGUCAUUUGAUUGUCAUGAUCCAUGGGGAACUAGUAGAAGAUAAGACAGAACUAAAGGAGCGACAAAUACCUAGACAUGACUUAGUUGGCUUGCAUUGUUUACUUCUUGAUACUUCUAUUUUCCGGAAGAGGAAAAAUGAACUCCAUCAAGUAGCUCAACAAGCCUCAAACAUUGAUGACUUAAUUGAAGUUAUACGUGCUUCACUUUCAGUUAUUCAUAAGCAAUGGGUCGAUGCCAUACAUACGUUUCAUGAGAAGUUUGAUCCUCUAUCAACUUUGAUUAUUGACCAUGGAUUGGACUCUUGCCCUCAAGAGGAAUUCUUAAGUCUUCUGGGUGGUGCUCGAACAAGUCCACCAGUUCAUCAAUUUUUGGUCAAUUCUCUCUGUGAAGUGGGUCUCAAGCGUGCAUCAAAGGCUAUUCAUAAUGCUGGAAAAGAACUGCAUCUUAUCAUCCAAGAGCACCUGCAGCCUGCUGCAGAAUUUAUUGCAUUUAGAAUUGGAGAAUUGAGAGGCCUUUCAAGAUGGCGCACACGAUACCAGGGUAUUGGGUUAGAUGAAAUGCUUAUAGAUGUUGCUACUGAAAAAGCUGGUAUUUUUCUUGUACAUGUUGAACGAUUUAUGAGGGUAUUGACUACUGUGAUUUACCAGUUUCAAAAUUUUUUUACCUGGCUCUCAAAAUGUAUAAAGCUGCUAAUGUCUGAACCGAGUGAUCAGCUUCCACCAUUUAAUAGCGAACUUGUAGUUAUAUUCUUGAAGUUUCUUUAUGAUCAAGAUCCUGUCAAGCAACUGCUGGAAGUCUCUGAAGUAGAUCAGAGUAUUGAAGUUGAUUGGGAAACAAUGCAAAGAGUCAAUGAGUUAGUUAAGUUUGGUGGGUUUUCAGAUACUAGAUACUUGCAGAGAACUUUAGCUAAGGAAUUUGAGCAGAUGGAGCAAAGUUUCAAGGAGGCUUUCCUUAUGCCUUUUACUACAAUUUCUAAAAAAAUACAUUGCAAAAACAUCCUGCCCCUGUUUCCAGUUUCAUCUUCAGCAGCGUCUUCUUUGUUACAGAUACCUACAUCAAUAUCAUAUUAUAAGGACAUCUGCACUGCUGGUUCAUCUUGUCAGACAUUGCAACAAAGAUUGAUGGACUAUAUUUGUUUUAGAAUACCUGAUGAAUCUUUCUCAAACAUGCAUAAUUGUAUAGGCAUAGCAAGAGGUUUUAUGCAUGGCUCAACUGAUUCUGGGAAGAGUUGUACUUCUUUGGAGGCAGUACUGUUAUGUGUUCCUGAUGAAUAUGAAUGUGUUGAUCUAUCGCUUUAUAAAGAAAGUCAAAUUGUUCUGUUAUUAAAUGAAAGAAUUAGCACAUCUGAUAGCCCUGAAAAUGCUCGAAUGAUGAUUGUACAAGCAUGUGACCUUCCAUUUCUGUCUGUUUCAAGACCAAGUAAUUCACACAAGUGGGCACUGCACGAAUUGAAGGAUUAUGUUGUGAACUUUCUUAUGGAGAAUGGAAAAAUCCGAUAUAUCCCUCACUUUGUAACUGUUCCAUUAGCUGUUAGUGCUUCUCGAGGAGUUGCUUGUGUUUUUGCUGCAAGGAAGCGUGCCCUUGUCUAUAUUCUUGAAGAAAAUGAAGAUGAAGUUUCAGAUGUGGAAUGACACCAAAUAUUGUAGGCACCUGGUAAAUUUUGUAACAUUCCUGCAAUGACACUGUUUCAUGUGCAAGAAUUAUACCUUGAAACCGAUUCCAGUCAAGUUUGUACAUAUUCUUAGUGUGUGGUAGAGUGGGGAUUCCAUUUCCAUAUAUUCUUAAGGAAUAACAAUUUAAUAUCCUAUUAUUCAAUACUGUUAAAAUUGUUGUAAAAGAUGAAUGCUCAUCUAGAUCUCCUAGAGAUCCUCCUAGACCUUUAUUCCUUUCUUAGAUUAUUAUUGUUUUAUUACUUUAAUACACCAAUUACUAUGGACAUUGAAGAAAAGUCGUCAACAUUGAAAUUAGGUGGGCUGACUGUAAUUUUCUUAGAGGAAGUAAUCAUAAAGUCGUUUUAAGUUCUUUGGUUUGAUUU